GAAAAAUGUCCUCAUGUGUGCUACCUAUAUCCCACCAAUAGAAUCCCCAUACUUUAAUGAAAACAGCGUCUCCAUCCUAGAGGGGGGAACUCUCCUUCCGUGGCCUCCAACUGCUCUUAAAUACAAGUAAAACCAAAUGCAUGCUCUUCAACCGAUCGCUGCCUGCUCCUGCCCGCCUGUCCAACAUCACUACUUUGGACGGCUCUGACUUAGAAUAUGUGGACAACUACAAAUACCUAGGUGUCUGGUUAGACUGUAAACUCUCCUUCCAGACCCACAUCAAACAUCUCCAAUCCAAAGUCAAAUCUAGAAUUGGCUUCCUAUUCCGCAACAAAGCAUCCUUUACUCAUGCUGCCAAACAUACCCUUGUAAAACUGACCAUCCUACCAAUCCUCGACUUCGGUGAUGUCAUUUACAAAAUAGCCUCCAAAACCCUACUCAAUAAAUUGGAUGCAGUCUAUCACAGUGCCAUCCGUUUUGUCACCAAAGCCCCAUAUACUACCCACCACUGCGACCUGUACACUCUCGUUGGCUGGCCCUCGCUUCAUACUCGUCGCCAAACCCACUGGUUCCAGGUCAUCUACAAGACCCUGCUAGGUAAAGUCCACCCUUAUCUCAGCUCGCUGGUCACCAUAGCAGCACCUACCUGUAGCACGCGCUCCAGCAGGUAUAUCUCUCUAGUCACCCCCAAAACCAAUUCUUCCUUUGGACGCCUCUCCUUCCAGUUCUCUGCUGCCAAUGACUGGAACGAACUACAAAAAUCUCUGAAACUGGAAACACCUAUCUCCCUCACUAGCUUUAAGCACCAGCUGUCAGAGCAGCUCAUAGAUUACUGCACCUGUACAUAACCCAUCUACAAUUUAGCCCAAACAACUACCUCUUUACCUACUGUAUUUAUUUAUUAAUUUAUUUUGCUCCUUUGCACCCCAUUAUUUCUGUCUCUACUUUGCACUUUCUUCCAAUGCAAACCAACCAUUCCAGUGUUUUUUAGUUUUUAUUUUACUUGCUGUGUUGUACUCACUUCGCCUCCAUGGCCUUUUUAUAUUUUAUUUAUUUAUACAUAUAUCUGUUUGCCUUCACCUCCCUUAUCUCACCUCACUUGCUCACAUUGUAUAUAGACUUAUUUUUUUUUUCACUGUAUUAUUGACUAUAUGUUUGUUUUUACUCCAUGUGUAACUAUGUGUUGUUGUAUGUGUCGAACUGCUUUGCUUUAUCU